UCAUCUAAUCAUUUCUGCUCUCUCGGAGGAAAGAGGAAUUCGUUCCCUCGACGAGAUGCCUUCCAGCAAGAAGAAGCACCCGAAGGCGCAGUCGAGGCUCUCGAAUGGCGCCCCGUCGGCGACUCCUCAGAAGCCGUUUGCUGGUCCUCCUUCCGGUCCCGAAGCCGCCGCCGAGGAGGACAUCUUUGCUGUCAUCUCUGAAGCUUCCAGCCGGUUUCCUUAUCUGAUCGGCAAAUCAACCGUCGUAGCCCGAGUCACUGAUGUUGAGAGUGAGUCGACGGAGUCAUCGAAAGGUUGCAGAAUUUGGAUGUCGGAGCCUUCCAUGGUUUCUUCUUCUAUAGCUCCUGGUUCGAUCGUUUCGGUUUCUCUUCCUUCUUCCAGGAAUCAACUCUUGCGGAGCUGUCCCCUGAGCUCAUUUCCUGAUGAAUGUGCUCGAAACACCGGAGUCAAUGUUGGGGAUGAAGUGACAAAUGGACCGGGGAACUACUUUGCUCUUGCAACUGUGUUUCCUUCUAGUAAGGUUUUGAGCAAUGGAGUGAGGUUGUCCCUGAAUCUUUCACUCACUAUGGGAUGCCCUGCUUUUGGAAGAGAUGUUUUCAUAUUUCCUGUUCAAAGCCCAGGAUCUGUAUCUCUUCUUAAUGGGAUCGACAGGCUGCAUAAAUCUGAUCAUGGACACUUGUCAUUGCAAAACUGCAAGGAAUUGUGCUUAGAGCUAGCUUCGACGAAUGAAAUUACUGUGAGAAGUACCGUAUCAUCAUCCAUCAAAUCAUCUGGGAGAAAGGAUCACAGUCUCCCCAGCAAUGGCCAUCUUUCAUCUCCUAGGACGCCAGUGAGUGAAUCAAGGAUGACCUCUCCCCGCAGUCCACUGAGUUCACUGGUACACGAAGAGUCGGUUUCAAGUUUGCCCAGUCAAGUGGGUUCAGGGGUUGAUUCAGUUGAUAUUAUCGGGCUGUUGGAUGAUGAAAUAUCUAAGAAGCUUCUGCAAGUUCAGAUGACGUCCUUCUUGUAUUCCCGUAUUCUUCUUGAGGGGAACCUUGUUAUCUGCCCGAUAUUUUUGAAGCGUUUUAUUUUCCGGGUGAUUGCUAAACAAGUACCUGGCACUGGCAAUCAAUCGAGUCAAGAUGUAGCAGAUCAAAGAAGUCAUAGUUUAUUGCCUUAUAUGAGUGAGUCAUUGGACUAUACCGAUCUUGCAUCUGUUGUGACCAGUGAAACAAAGCUAUCUCUGUGUUUACCAGUGAAUAUGGCAUCUAAACCACCAGGAGAGACAGGGGGAUGUCAUCAAGAGAUUGAGUGUAAAUAUGACAAUGCUAAAGUUAGAGAUGAUAAUUUAAAACUUGGUGGUCUUUCAAAAGAGUACAACAUUCUGACGGAUAUAAUAGCAUCCUCAUGUGUGGAGAACACUAUGUCAAGUUUUGGGCUGCGAAAUACUAAAGGAGUACUUCUUCAUGGUCCGCCGGGCACUGGAAAAACUUCUUUGGCUCGACUUUGUGCCCACGAUGCGUGCAUAGAUUUCUUCUCUGUGAAUGGACCUGAAAUUAUCAGCCAGUAUUAUGGAGACAGUGAGCAAGCUCUAUGUGAAGUUUUUGAGUCUGCCACCCGUGCUGCACCUGCUGUGAUAUUCAUAGAUGAGUUGGAUUCUAUUGCCCCUGCUCGUAAAGAGGGAGGCGAAGAGCUUUCUCAGAGAAUGGUUGCCACAUUAUUGACAUUGAUGGAUGGCAUUAGUACUAGUGAUGGAGUUCUUGUCAUCUCUGCCACAAAUAGACCUGAUAGUGUUGAGCCAGCAUUACGAAGGCCUGGUCGAUUUGAUAGGGAAAUUGAAAUAGGUGUGCCCUCUCCAAAGCAAAGACUGGAGAUAUUGCUCUCAUAUCUCAACCAAAUGGAACAUGCUCUUUCACGUGCACAAAUCCAGCAACUGGCUGUAUCCACUCAUGGAUUUGUGGGUGCUGAUUUAGCAGCCCUCUGCAAUGAAGCUGCCUUGUCUUGUCUGAGACGUUAUGAUAAAUCAAAGAAGUCUCCUGAAGAUUCCUAUUGUAAACCAUUUGUGGAGUCCGUUAACUCUGAUGGUAUCAUGGAAGAUAAUACAUUGGACAUUGUCCAAUCAUCUCCUUCAAAUAGAAGAGUUGGAGAAUGUGAAGAUGGUAAUGAGGAUGCCAUUUGCCUUAGCACUGAGGACUUGGUGAAGGAAGAUUUUAUGUUAAGAAUAGCUUUUGAGGAUUUUGAGAAUGCCAGGAUGAAAGUGAGGCCUAGUGCUAUGCGAGAGGUGAUAAUUGAAGUUCCAAAAAUCAAAUGGGAAGAUAUUGGGGGUCAAAAAGAAGUCAAAAACCAGUUGAUGGAAGCAGUGGAAUGGCCUCAAAAACAUCAAGAUGCACUGAACCGCAUUGGGACGCGUCCACCAAGAGGAGUAUUAAUGUUUGGUCCUCCUGGUUGCAGCAAAACCUUAAUGGCUCGAGCAGUGGCUUCUGAAGCAGGAUUGAAUUUCCUCGCCGUGAAGGGGCCAGAACUCUUCAGCAAGUGGGUUGGAGAGUCUGAGAAGGCUGUCAGAUCUGUAUUCGCAAAGGCAAGGGCCAAUGCACCGUCGAUCAUUUUCUUCGAUGAAAUUGAUGGGCUUGGGGGUAUUCGAGGAAAGGAAAGUGAUGGAGUUUCAGUUUCUGAUCGAGUUAUGAGUCAGCUUCUCGUUGAAUUAGAUGGAUUGCAUCAAAGAGUUGGCGUGACUGUGAUUGGAGCUACAAAUCGACCAGACAAGAUUGAUUCUGCCCUUCUAAGACCAGGACGCUUUGAUCGACUGCUGUACGUAGGUCCCCCAAACCAGACUGAUCGUGAGGAAAUUUUCAGUAUCCAUCUUCGCAGAAUCCCUUGCAGCUCCGACGUCAGUGUUAAGGAGCUUGCUCAUCUUACUGAAGGCUUUACUGGGGCCGACAUAUCUCUCAUCUGCAGAGAGGCAGCAAUUGCAGCUCUUGAGGAGGAUCUCGAUGCUUCAGAAGUAACCAUGGAACAUCUAAGAACUGCAAUUAAGCAAGUUGAACCAUCUGAGGUUGAAUCCUACCAGGAGCUCUCGGCCAAGUUUCAGAGGCUUGUUCACUCCACCGCUAAAGGAGAUAGCUAGGGCCGGUAGUGAACAUGAUGCCUGUUGGGGCUGCAUCAUUAACUGCAAUCUAUUUAGUUGGCUUCAUUGGGAAGAUGAAUGGAUCAUAUUCGAGAAUGCCGUGCGGCGACAUCAGAAAGCAGAAAAAAGACAUUGUCACAAUGGUGGGUGGUCUCCUUCCUUCCAUUAGAACGGUAUGCUCUCAUCGCCUCAAUAUCAUGUUGAAGAAAAUCUAAUGGGGUUAGCCCGACCUCGAACAUGAUGUUUGAUCAUGGUUUUUGCUGACCCAUCUUUCUUGGGAGCUUCGCUCGUCCAUUUAGAUAGCUUUCCGCCGUGUACGAUACGACGAGAGUUUAGGUGGUUUAGUAUAGAGUGAUUCCUUUUAUUGAGCCCUGAGAAGGAAAACUCAGCAUGCUGACACAGUCCGUGUAUAUUUUGUUUCGGCCAUUUGAUCUGCUGAACAAUCAAUGCUAUUUGCCUGGAAAUUGCGAGGUUUGGGUCA